GAACCAUCCUAAGUUCCUAAAAUAACUCUUAAUCACAGGAGUCUCUCCUCCUCCUCAAAAUUUCCCUCCGGAAAGUCAACGAGUCAAAACCCUAGCGAAAUGACGACGUACGGCACGAUCCCGACCUCGUCGUCGCCGGGCGGGUCGUCCUCCGUCUCCGGCGAGUACAUCUCCCGCGCCAAGGACCGCAUCAAGGCCGGCCUCGGCGCCCGCCGCCCCUGGAAGGUCAUGUUCGACUUCCGCUCCCUAAACUUCGCCCACGGCUUCGGCGACGCGCUGACGCGCCUCCGCUACAACGCCGCCUACUUCCGCAUGAACUACGCCAUCAUCGUCCUCCUGAUCCUCUUCCUCAGCCUGCUCUGGCACCCGAUCUCGCUGAUCGUCCUCAUCAUCAUGCUCGCCGCGUGGCUCUUCCUCUACUUCCUCCGCGACGAGCCGCUCGUCCUGUUCGGCCGGACCGUCGACGACCGCAUCGUGCUGAUCGUGUUGGGCGUGGUGACGAUUGUGCUUCUGUUUCUGACUUCGGCGACGACGAACAUCCUGGUGGCGCUGCUGAUUGCGGUGGUGGUGGUGGCGGUGCACGCGAUGCUGAGGAAGACGGACGAUUUGCACGUGGAUGAGGAGAAUGCCGGAUUGAUGACCGGAUCUUCAUCUUAGUUAACUAUUCCAUCCCUCUGUAUUUUUUUUUUCUUUUUCGAAAUUUUUUUUUGGGUUUGAAUUGAAUGAAGUUUGUUGUAUCUACCUCCAAUUGGUUGGGUUUUGUGGUCGAUGAUCCAAUAGUGAAGAUUUGUUUUUGGCUUUGGUGUGGACAAAUGUCAGUGAAAUCUCGUCAGUUCUUCGGAGAGUACCGAAUUUGGGGUGGGCUUUUGCAUUUUUUACUGGAAUUGUUACCGGAGAGAUUGCAGAAUUGGGGUUGAAGUAGUUGAUGGAUUGGGAUGGAAAAAUUAGGAAAGUUUGGACCGUUGAGAACAAUGUUACUAUUUUAGUAGUAUGAUACUGGGAACUCUCGAGUGUACAGCCAA